AUGGACGGACAAAUUCCAACUCCCGAUCAAGCCAAGCCAAGUGGCAAUGAUGGUGUGAUUCUAGAUCUCGACACUCUAUACACUCUGGUUGAUGCUUAUUCUAACCCAAAUCUAGCGCCCAGUUUUGAGGAGCUCUCCAAGGCUCUGGCUCAGAUCAAGCGCAAGCGAGAUGAGCAGUCGGGCCUCGACACGAAUACGCUCUAG